CAAUGGCUACCAUGAGUGUUCCCUCAGAAAUCAUAGAAAAAGAACGAAAAAAGUUACUCGAAAUCCUCCAACAAGAUCCUGAUUGUAUCUUAGAUACAUUAACCUCUCGGAGGCUAAUUUCUGAGGAAGAGUAUGAAAUUCUGGAAAAUAUUACAGAUCCCCUGAAGAAAAGUCGGAAGCUGUUAAUUUUGGUACAGAAAAAGGGAGAAGAGAGCUGUCAGCUUUUUCUCAACUGUUUAUUUAAUACAUUUUCAGAGUCAGCUACCAUUUGGGACUUCAAUCAUGAAUUUUUAAAACAUGAGUAUAUAGAGUCACCUCAACCUAUGGGGAUAAGCAAGGAAGAUCUUUUUUUUCCUGGAGAGAAACAGCCUGAGAAUCCUGAGAUCACCAUGUCCUUCAAAGAGAAAGAACACUUGGAUUUGGAAACCUCUGAGUCUUUCACGGACAAGAAAACUAGUUAUCAGGAAACGGCUUGGUUCUCAAAGGAAAAUGAGAAGGAAUACAACGCACCAACAUUCACAUCACCACGAUCGGUUGACAAUGUGGAGUAUGAAUUUCCAGCAACUAUUGAGUAUUUACAGGACAGACAGAGAUAUGAGGAGCCAGAUGAUUCUCUGUACUUAGAAAAAGAGGAAUAUCUAGAAUCUGUUGGGUACUCUGAAGAUGCAGACCCCACUGUGGAAGAGGAGGCUUAUGAUGACCCUGAGUGCAUCACCUAUGACGGAGAGGAGGACUCUGUGUAUUCUGAAGACGGCGAAGAGGACUCUGUAUAUUCUGAAACCAUGGCGUUCUCUCAUGAAGAACAGAAUUAUGAGGAUUCAGAAACUGGCAUGUCCUUGGAGGAGGAAGAGGAGAAAAGCAUGGAAGAAAGGAAAAAAGUGUUUAAAGAUGUCCUGUCCUGUUUGAACCUGGAUACAAGCAGAAAGCUUCUGCCAGAUUUCGUUAAACAAUUCUCCUUAGACCGAGGAUGUAGGUGGGUGCCUGAGACUCCAUGUGACUUAGCCUGGAACUUCCUGAUGAAAGUUCAAGCACUGGAUGUGACAGCCAGAGAGUCAAUCCUCAGACACAAGGUUCUGGGUGAAGACAGCAAAGGGGAAUUGCUGACUGGAGUAGAGAAUUUGGAAAUUAGAGAAACAGAAACCAUUAAUCCCCUUGAUGUCCUUUGUGCCUCUAUACUGUGUUCAGAGAGCUGUUUGCAACGCGAAGUCAUGUCAAACAUGUAUCAGUGCCAGUUUGCCCUUCCCCUGCUACUGCCAGAUGCAGAAAACAACAAAAGCAUUUUAAUGCUGGCGGCUAUGAAGGACAUUGUGAAGGAGCAGUCAACACAGUCUUCAGGAGGGCCUACAGGGGAUACAGAAAAGUUUCUCACUCUCAUGAAGAUGCCUGUCAUCUCUUUUGUGCGUCUAGGACACUGUAGCUUCUCUAAGUCCAGAAUCCUCAACACACUGCUCAACCCUGCCCACCUGGAAUCGCACAAAAUCUUUCUCCAUCAGGAUUUGCCUGUUCUGGUGCUUCCUCGGCAGAUCUCGGAUGGCCUGGUUGAGAUAACUUGGUGUUUUCCUGAUAGUGACGGUCUAAAGGAAGACUCCAGUUUUUUCCAGAAGCCUGUUGCUCUGGCCAACCUUCGUGGGGAUCUAGAAAGUUUUUGGACACAGUUUGGUUUCUUGAUGGAGGUUUCCUCAGCUGUGUUUUUCUUCACUGACUGCCUAGGUGAGAAGGAAUGGAACUUGCUAAUGUUUUUAGGAGAAGCUGCUAUUGAAAGAUGCUACUUUGUCCUCAGUCCCCAAGCCAGGGAGAGUGAAGAGGCUCAGAUUUUCCAGAGGAUCCUGAAGUUGAAGCCGUCACAGCUACUGUUUUGGGAGGAGGAGGAAGCUGGGGAGAGGGGAAGGAACAUGGAGGGUCUUCAAGCUGCCCUCAGAGAAGUGAUGUCCUCUUCACUCAGAUGUGUGUCUGUGGAGGACAUGGCCCCCCUGGCCAGGGAGUUGGGAAUACAGGUAGACCAAGACUUUGAGAACAUUCAGGGGAUUCAAGUUUCCCCUCGUGAAAACGUGGCUGGAACAGCUGACGAUGAGGGACCACAAAGACACUGUCAGCCAAAAGACUCAUCUGAAAGCCCUGCUGAGAUAUCUGUAAGAGAGCCUGAGGCUAGAUGUGAGAUCAGCCAAAAUCUUCAGAAUUUCCAUCUCACCCCAGUAUUCAUGCCUCUUCCGAAAAACAGCUGUCCGUUACCAAGCAGAAUUCAAGGUAAUUUUAACCAUGUUUCUUUGACAGCCCCCUGGGUUAUGGGCUCUCACUUUUGGUUACAGCAGAGGUCUAAGAGGUUCCAUCCUUCACCCUUUCAGAAUAUGAGGGCCCCUAGUCCAGGUAAAAGUUUUGGGAUUCAAUACUUCCAACCCCAGAGAUUUUAUUCAGGUGAAAGAUUUACAAAAUUUUCAAGAACUGCUCGGGGACAUCAUGUGCAUAGAACUUUUGGGAGACCACCAAGGCCCAUUUCUCAGCGUGUGCAGGCCUGGCCUGAGAGAUCACAGACAAUGGGAACCCUUGAAAAGUCUGGAGAAGUGGACUCUCAGGGAGGUCACCUCCAUUCCCUGGGUUCACAGCCAGCAGGAGCAGUUGGGAAGUCACAGCCUAGUCAGGUCUGUGCCAGGGAAACACGGCCAACUGACGCAACUGGAAAAUUCAUGAGAACAAAAUCCCAUAUUGAAAAUCCUCAGCAUCCAGCCUUGCAAGCAGCAGGAGCCUUACAAAAACCCUUAAGGACUGCCUCUCAGCAGGGAGCUAAGCUGAAGACACAAGGUGGGCCUUCAAAUCCAUCUUUCCAAAUGGGAUUCCAUCCCACGUCCAACAGCAAAUUUUUACCCAGCUCUCAGCUCAAAUCCAAACAGCCCAAUGCAUCCCAGGCCAAGCAGUCCCAGCACAAACCCUCCCAUCCUGUGUUCUCUCAACCCAAACCCACUCAAACAAAACCCACCCAGCACCAGCCCACUGAAGCUGAAUGUUCUACAUUCAAACACACUCAGCCCAAGCCAUACAAGUCCCAGUCCUCCCAAUCUAAGCCUUCACAGCCCCAGCCCUCCCAAGCUAGAUCCUCUCCAUCCAAAGCCACUCAGCACAAGCCAUGCCAGCCCCAGUCCUCCCAAUCUAAGCCUUCUCAGCCUAGACCCACUCAACCCAAGUCAUUUCAGACUGGUCCUUCUCAGGCUAAGGCAUAUUACCCAAGAGCAGGGCCCAAGAGGGCAGCAAAGCAUUAAAAUGCUUACUCUAGAGACCCGUGAAAUGUAUAUAGAGCAACCUGAAGGAGAGUGGCAGUGAUGGUGAAAGAGUCCUAUCAUUAGCAUGACACAGAAAACAAGAUACGCACAGCCUAACUGGAUAUCAUAAAAAUACAAGAAUUGUUUCCCUGAAGAAAGGAAAAGUAUGAAAAGAGUAAAGAAUAGAAUCAAGCAGCAAAUAAAUGAAUUGAAUACAACCUUGAGUAUUAGGUAAUAUAUAACCUGAAUUGAGGGAACAUAAGACAGUUUCACUUGGAGAAGAGUGGAGAUGAACAUUUAAUUGAAAAGUGAUAAUAAAAUAGGGCACAAAUAGCCUCAGUGUUGCAAGAAAAAUGGCUUUAGGUGUUGGCUGCCCUAGAGGUGUUUCGGUCAGAAAUAUUUUUUUUGACAUCAGCCGCUAAGCAGAUAACCCUGUUUGUUUGGAAUGUGUACAUCAAUUUGCUUGUGAUAAUAGCCCCAAAUUGCUUGGAUGAUAAAACUCGUUUGACCCUUACAUGUAGAAAUAACGAACUAACAGCCAAUAAAAUUAAU